GAUGCGUGAAUCGGGAUGUACCACCUCCUACUGCACAGAAUCCCUAUUCCCAUUAUUCCUGAGAGUCGCCCACCGCACAAAUCUAGUUUGUCGAGAGUUGGUAUGAAUCAGCUCAACUGCGUCCAAAUGGACGGCGGUGGAGUGGACUCCGACGGCCGCCAAUUCAAGAGCGCGGAGGAGAUGUGGCGGGAAGCGGUGGGGGACGGCGACCCCCUCAAGAAAUCGCAGUGGUAUUCGCAGGGCGUCGGCUAUUGGCAGGGUGUGGAGGCGACGGUGGAUGGAGUGCUGGGAGGGUAUGGGCAUGUGAAUAAACCUGAUAUAGAAGGUAGUGAGGCAUUCUUGAACUUGAUUUUGGCUGAAAGAUUUCCUGAUGCUGGCAGUGAAAGACGUCUUAAUACUCUUGAUUGUGUCUCCGGGAUUGGAAGGGUCACCAAGAAUCUUCUUAUAAGAUAUUUUAAUGAGGGUGGUCUCAGACCUGGUGGGCUGUUUAUUUUGAAGGAGAACAUUGCAAGAAAUGGUUUCGUGUUGGAUAAUCAAGACAAGAGCAUUACGAUAUCCGACUUGUACUUCAAGCAGCUCUUCAAACAAUGUGGUCUACACAUUCUCAAGAUGAAGGAUCAAAAAGGAUUCCCCAAUGAAUUAUUUGCUGUAAAGAUCGAUGUAUGCAUUAACGACUGAUCUGCCGAAGAAAACUAAGACUUCGAAAUCAAAAAGACAAGUCAACAGACCUGGCAUCAUCAGAUAAGAGUGAAGGGAUGAAGAUACCAUUUCUCAAGAGUUUUUACCAGAUAUUAAUAUUUAAAACUCCAUUAAUUCUGUGUGCUUCUUUCACUCAUAUCGUCCACAUUUCCAGUUCACAAUA